GCUGCCAACGUACAGGUGUGCAAGAGGAUGCACUUCACUGGAGUCCUUCCACCUGCAUAUGAGCAGGUUCAUUCCUAAAACCCAGGAAAGUGACACCAUUUUCCAGGCGUAUCUGGUAGAUGGCAUCGCUAGGUGGAAUGAAAGCAGGAGCAUGGCAGUGACAAGAAGAGUGGAUUCACACUCCUGCAGUAGUAGUCUUUUAAAAAAUGCAGCCAACCAGCUGGCUCAGGAGUUGCUGGGGAGGAACCUGGUGGACCAUAAAGCACCAUGGAAAUAUACAGGAGAACUCAUCGGGGUGGAGUACUUAUAUGAGCGGGCCGACAUUACUCUGGAAGACUACAAACUGUCCAUCUCGGCACUUGAGACGGAGGAUGUCCCCAUGGCAGAGGAUGAAGGCUUAAUGGAGACGCAGGACUUUGAGGACUUAACUGUCCCUACGUUAGAAACGGCCACCUCUCCUGUACUGUCGUCUGCUGUUUCUCUCGACCCCAACUCGGCUCUUCAUUCUAUCCUUACAGUGCCAACUUCACAUUCUUGUCCUCCUGCUGCUCCACUUGUCCAAGGGACUGAAUCUGCUGCCCCUGUCUGUCCACCUGGUCAGACUUCUGAUCCCGCAGCUGUAAAACCCUUUAGGAUCAGCAAUGUUUGUAGCUAUUCUGAAGACACCUGCUCACUGGAGGCUGGUCCUGAGGUUCAGAGCCCCACCAUCAAGAAGGAGAGCGACCCCGAUGACUCAACCGACACUCUUGUCCUUGUCCUCCCUCCAGACACCACCGUGACGGCACAGAUCUCUGGCUCCGAUUCGUCCUCGUCCACCCCUCCUCAGGAACAACCCGUCUCUGCCAACCUCUCUUCCGUUUCGCUGUCUCUAUCUGAAGGCCAGGUUUACGUUUUAACUACAGCUCAGCCAGACAGCCUCGGCCAAGUCCUUCCAGCUAAACUGUCAUACAUUCUGCCCGCCACCGUCAACCAGGCUACAGCCGGACCCUCUCAGCCCAAAGUUUCAGGGCCCAGGAAGCCAGACGUGCCGUACACAACACAGUGGUACCGAAAGAAAAAGAUGCAGAAUGAGAAGGCUGGCAUACACACCCGGAAGUACGUCCGCUACACGGACACCGUCAUGUGCAAAAAAUGCCAAAAAGAGAGGAAACCCCCAACACAUCAGCAGUACUAUGGCAACUGGUAUUGUGAAGAAACAGCCACGGUGCCAUUUGCUGACUGGAUGGCCAAACUGUCUGCACGAGGCUAUGGAAAAAAGAAAACCCGUAAAUGAACUCCAGCUACAGUACAUGCAUACAUAUGCACAGGCAGUUGUAGCCUAGUGGUUAAGGUUUUUGCCUAGUAAUCAAAAGGUCACUUGUUGCUGCUGUUGGGCCCUUGAGCAAGGCCCUUAAUCCUCAAUUGCUUAGACUGUACUCUGCCCCAGUACUGUAAGUCGCUUUGGAAAAGGCGUCUGCUAAAUGCCGAUAAUGUAAAUCUGUAAAAUGUAUGUAUGUGUAUAUGUAUAGAUUAUAUUGUAAUAUAUAGUAUAUGGACCAUUUCGCUGAAGCGGUGCCACUUUUAUUUCCAGGACAUUAUAUGUUCAAAUGUAUAUGAAAACUAACCUUUAAAAUGCAAUUUUUAAAUGAGCAAAGUGUCCUGCACAUUGAUCUAAUUGCAAAUGUAGGAUCUGUAAUUUAAAACUCCCUAUAACACUAAAACAGUGUUUGUUCAUGUCUCCACUCUCUAACAUGACACUUUACAAUAAAUUAUAAUGAAUAAAGUCUUAAAA